AUGGAAUAUCAAAACGAAAAGGGCAAAGAUGAGAGGUUCAGUGGGAAACUGAAGAUGAAGAACAAGUCCAAGUUUGUUGGGGUGAGACAAAGAGCUUCUGGGAAAUGGGCAGCAGAGAUCAAAGACACAUCAAAGAAGAUUAGGAUGUGGCUUGGUACUUAUCAAACUGCUGAAGAAGCUGCUAGAGCUUAUGAUGAAGCUGCAUGCCUCCUUAGAGGUUCAAACACUCGCACCAACUUCUCUACUCAUCAUGGCAUUGCCACCAAUUCUCCUAUAUCUAUCAAACUAAGAAACAUCCUUGAUCGUAAAGCCAUCUCAAGUCAACUUCAAAUUCAAAACCAAUCCUCUAAUAUAAGCCCCACUUUCCAACCAAAUGGUGCUACUACCAUUAAUAAUAUCAUGGACAUGGUAGACAACCCUACAUGUAGCAGUGAAGGUAAGUCUUUGUUUUGGGUUCAUAACCAAGUCUCUGAUAAUCCGUAUGGGAUAGAUAUGAAUAAUAUGAUCAACUGCUCAAUGGGAAUUGUAUCAAAUACAUCGCACUUUGAUUAUUCUUGGCCAUUAGCUCCACAAAGGAUUAACGAGCUACCAACACCAAAAGAUGUUUUGAAUGUAGAAAGCCAAUUGUCAGACUCCCUAUAUGCCAUGAAUGAAUGCCACGUAGAGGAUACAUAUGAAUAUAAGUAUGAUUAUGAUGCCAAUUAUCCUCUCUCCCACUUUUCCUGCUUCACUUGA